AUGCUUUGGAGUACCAUAUUCGUGCGCUACGCGAGCUCAUUUAUAAACACUUCUUCGUUGAGGAGGCCUGUCUUUGACAUAAAGGGAAUCAUUUCUCGACAAGAUGAGAUGAGAAACUCUAUAUCUCGCAGAGGUGAUGGUAGUUCUGAACAGUUGGACUUCCUUCUCCGAAACCGCGAAACAGAGCUAGCUCUUCAAGACGAGAGAAAUCUGUUGACAAGUGCCAGAAAGAAGCUUGGCUUUGUUUUAGGAAACUUACUUAAACAAAAUUCUGGGGGAACUGAUCUGGAUGAAAUAGCUCGUUUGCAGCUGGAGCUUCUGCAAUAUAAGGUCAAGAUAUCUGCGCUAGAAAACAAGUUGGAUGUCCUAUCCGAGACCAUACAUAAUGCAGUGGAGUCGCUUCCUAACUGGCUUUCAGAUUCAGUUCCUUCUGAUCCAAAUGUCCCAGAAUUGCAGGAAGUCAUCAAUGGUGACUCUGUACAGCAAAUCGAAUCUGCAUUGCCCAUCUCCAAACAUGAUCAUCGCACUAUCGGUCUUAACUUGGGCUUAAUGAAUUUUGAGACUGCGGCACGGAUCUCCGGAUCUUCAUGGUACUACCUCAUCAAUGAUGGUGCUCUCUUAGAACAGGCAUUGAUUCAAUUUUCCCUCUCCAGAGCACGUAAAGCUGGCUACACCAUGGUGGUUCCACCCUCCAUUGUGAAGUCCGAAAUCAUAAGUGCUUGUGGAUUCAAACCUCGUGAUCAAAAUGAUGAAAAGCAAGUCUACUCAAUUGAAGGAGAGCCUUUAUCUCUUGCUGGUACUGCUGAGAUACCAUUAGGUGCAUUACACUCACAAUCAACAAUUUCCACCCCCCUUAAGUAUGUCGGUGUGUCGAGGUCAUAUAGAGCCGAGGCUGGAGCCCGGGGAAAGGACACCGCGGGUCUCUAUCGAGUCCAUGAAUUCACAAAAGUUGAAUUGUUUCAUUUCACUGAUUCGGAAAAGGCUGAGGGAGAACUUGAGGAACUACGUGAAUUUCAGGCAUCAUUAAUCCGCGAUCUUGGCCUCAAAGCUAAGAUGUUGAAUAUGCCCACUACAGAUUUGGGUGCGCCGGCGCUCAAAAAAUACGAUUGUGAGGCAUGGAUGCCAGGACGUGGCUCGUGGGGUGAGUUGACAAGCUCUUCAAAUUGUGGUGACUAUCAAGCAAGACGCCUCGGUAUCAAGCAGAGAUCAAAAGCAACAGGGAAGCUAGAGUACGCACAUACGUUGAAUGGGACUGCCUUAGCGGUUCCAAGAGUUAUUGUCGCCAUUCUCGAGCAAUUUUACAUCCCUGAAACAAACAGUGUGGUCAUCCCUGAGGUUCUCCAACCGUUUAUGGAUGAUAAGAAAGAAAUUAGAGCCUUGUAG